AUGAUGAUGAAAGGCAAAAGAAAGGAAGAUUAUGGAGGCUUGGGACUGGACUACAGCUACAGUGUGGCAGUGGCAGAGGAGCUAGGCCACAUCCGUUGUGGAGGCAUCCCCAUGGCCAUCGGUGUCCAGACUGACAUGACAACUCCUGCACUGGCCAAGUUUGGUUCAGCUGAGCUAAAGAAAGAGUUCCUCCUUCCCUCCAUCAUGGGGGACAAAGUGGCUUGCCUCGGAGUUAGUGAAGUUGGAGCUGGCUCCGAUGUCUCAAGUAUUACGACCAAGGCAGUGAGGAAAGGGGAUGAGUAUGUGAUCAAUGGGGGAAAGAUGUGGACCACAAAUGGUACACAGGCUGACUGGAUGUGUCUCUUGGCCAACACCAGUGACGGACCCCCACACAGGAACAAAUCUCUCAUCUGUUUGCCCAUGAACCUGCCAGGAGUGCACAUUGCACGCAAGAUUGAUAAACUGGGUAUGUGGUCAUCAGACACAGCUGAAGUGUUUUUUGAUGAUGUCCACGUGCCAUGCAAGAACGUCAUCGGCCAGGAAGGCAUGGGCUUCACCUACCAGAUGCUUCAGUUCCAGGAAGAGAGGCUCUGGGCAGUGGCCAAUAUCUUGACAACAAUGGACAUCAUCAUUCAGGAAACCAUCCAGUACACAAGACAGAGGAAGAUCUUCAAGCAGCCUGUCCUCUACCACCAGGCGGUCCACUUCAGGCUGGCUGAGCUGCAGACGGAGGUCGAGCUGCUCCGCUCCCUCCUCCACCGAGCUACGGCAUUGUACAUUAAAGGCAAUGAUGUCACCAAGCUGGCAUCCAUGGCCAAAUUGAAGGGCGGCCGUCUGGCCAGAGAGCUGAGUGACAGCUGUCUUCAGUACUGGGGAGGGAUGGGUUUCACCAAUGAUGUGCUGGUUAGCAGAUUUUACAGGGAUUCACGGUUAAUGUCGAUCGGUGCAGGAGCUGAUGAGGUCAUGCUGGGAAUCAUCUGCAAGUACAUGGACACACUACCCAAGAAGUGAUGUCAUCAACAGCUGACCAUUUAUGUUGUUAAAAAACUGAUUACACCUAAGUGCAGUUCUAAUGUUUCAACUCUGACAUAUGCAUUUUGCCUUUGUUUUAACAGUGCUGUAUGUGGUCACUCACAAAGAAUAAUGAAGCUUGUUAUGUAAUUUAUUAAGUAUCAAUUAUCCUUUGAAGACUAAAGCUAUUUUACUAAGUAGACUAAGCUAAAUCAUGUGUAUGAAAAUGACUGUUGCGUAAAAUAAAUAUCCAGCAAAGA